GGACGCGGCUCCGGACUGUUAUCAACGACCGUGCGUUAUCAGUCGUCUCGGCGGCGAUUGUCCGCAUCCGAAUCGGUACUCGAUCGAACCGCGGUCAAAAUAUUACAGUGCAAGUGCCCAGUGAGUUGUACACACGCGACGCGCGCUGCACGGAGCUCAGCAUUUCCGGAGAGCGUAGGAUGCGAUUGGUCUUCCACCGGUCAACCACCCGAAUACCCCGGUACACGCCAUUCGUACAGUACGCGUUUGAAGAACUAUUGCUGCGAGAAGAUCCGCUGCCGCCGAGAGAUGGAUACGUGGCACAGGAUGCAGUUGAAGCUGUACUCCACCUGUCUGUUCUUCUUGGCCCUUGACUGGCUGGAUUACUCGAUCGUCAUGGGUUCUGAAGUCGAGAACCACUUGGAGAUGGGUCGCGACUUCUUAGCGCGAGGACAGCUUCAGGACGCUUUGUCUCAUUAUCAUGCAGCAGUCGAGGGUGAUCCAGAUAACUAUUUAACAUAUUUUAAAAGAGGAACAGUUUAUUUAGCUUUAGGAAAAGCUAAAUUUGCGUUAAUAGAUUUUGGUAAAGUUCUUGAACUUAAACCAGAUUUUACUGCUGCACGUUAUCAAAGAGGUGUUGUCCUCAUGAAACAGGCUUCACUUGAAGAAGCAAGAAAAGAAUUAUAUAAUGUUUACAUUUCCAAUGGUGAUUUUUCUCAUGAAGCAUUUGAUUUAUAUUCUAAACUUGAUGGUCUUGCUUAUGAUAUGGAGUUAGCUACUUAUUAUCAAGAAAAUAAAGACUAUAAGAGUGGAAUUGAUUCAUUGGAUCGUCUCAUUGAGUAUUGUCCAUGGGCUCCUGCAUUACGUGAACAGCGAUCAGAGUUAUACAUGAGUUCUGGAAAUAUGCAACAUGCUAUUAUGGACUUACGAACUGCCACUAAACUCCAAGUUGACAAUACUGAUGGCCAUUAUAAAUUGUCGAAACUUUAUUACAGCAUUGGAGAAGUGACUGAAUCACUUAAAGAGAUUCGAGAAUGUUUAAAAUUAGAUGCAGAUCAUAAACAAUGUCAUUCACAUUACAAAAUUGUUAAAAAAAUUGAAAGGCUAGUAGUAGAUAGCCAGUCUGCAAUCAAUAUUAAAGAUUUUGCUAGUAGUAUUCAAUUUUCAAAGAAGAUAUUAGAUUUAGAAAAAGAAUCAGAAAAAGUAAGGUUUUUAGCCUUAGAAAAAUUAUGUCAAAGUUAUCAACAUACAGAUGAACCAUUAUUGUCAUUGAAAUACUGUAGUGAAGCAUUAGACAUAACUCCAACACCUGAUCUCUAUUGUCUUAGAGCAGAAGGAUACAUAGCAAAUUCAAUGUUUGAUGAAGCUAUUAGAGAUUUUGAACAUGCAAUACAUAUUGAACAGGAUCAUAGACAAGCUAAUGAAGGAUUGAAAAAAGCCAAGAAAUUGCAAAAACAAGCUGAAAGAAAAGAUUACUAUAAAAUAUUAAAUGUAAAAAGAACUGCUACUAAACAAGAAAUCAUUAAAGCUUACAGAAAAGCAGCUCAACAAUGGCAUCCUGAUAAUUUCCAAGGAGAAGCUAAAAAGAAUGCGGAAAAAAGGUUUAUUGAAAUAGCUUCAGCAAAAGAAGUACUGACUGAUCCUGAAAAACGUGAACAAUUCGACCGAGGUAUUGAUCCACUUGAUCCUGAAUCUGGUCGUCAUCACCAAGAAGGUUUCAAUCCAUUUCAACAGUUCCAUCAAUUCCACGGAAGCCCAUUUACGUUUAAGUUCAACUUUAACUAAUUCAUAUGGUUCACAAAUAAAUGGUGCCAUAGAGAGUUUAGUUUUCGUCCUAUUAUGUAGGGUUCAAAAGGCUGUGUGUCGUAAAAUGUAAAUAAAGUAAUGCAUUAUGAUGCAUAUUAUGUAUUAUGAAAAUCAUAUAAUUAUUGUAAAUAGAUAUAAAUCCAAAUUAUAUUGUAACAUGAUAACUCGAUUCGAUUCAUUUGGCUCUGCAAGUAAAUAGCUUAACUGACAUUUUUAUUAUGAUUAAAA